AUGAGUGAUGUUGAAACGGCCUCUUCGCUACCGGAAACCUUGAACUCCUCCCAUCAGAGAGCCACUCUGCACCUCGCCCCUAAACCCGCUUUGGACGUGCCUCGGAGAGCAACUUCUACUAACGGAGAUGAUGGACGACCCACGGCUGAGGACGCGGAUGUAAACGAUGACGCCGUCAGUGUCAAGGCCGAUUCCGAGGCGGAAACUAUCAUUCAGUCUGGCAGAGAGGAGUUAUCGCCAGAGAAGAAGAAGACGUACAUUCGACAUGUCCCCGGCCAGAACGCGAAGAAUGGAUUGGAUCUUGCCGCUCGGAAGACUCCCAAGUUCAGUCAACCUGGUAAUUGGCAACUCGGCAAGAGGAAACGUCCUGACCACGAGAAUGACGACUCCAGGUCAACCCAUCGAAGCAACCAGAGUUCUCGAGCGUCAAGUCCGGUUCCGGCCCUAAAGCAAGAGAAGUCCGACGAACCACAGGUGCUGUCCAAUAUCCAGGGUCCCCCAUCUCCCCGUGACGAUGGCCCUACUGAGCGGAAAUUAGACGACAAGCCUCAACACCACAGGAAACCGGAAAGUACAAUCAUUGACACUAGAGAUGUUCCCAGCGGUGGGCGCAGGCCUAGCCAUCGAUCCCAAUCCCAUAGCAAUGAGCCUGUUGGGAAACCCGAUCUGUAUGCUCCCCGCCGUCAGGACAGGUCCCCGUCUCCUCCGAUCCGCUCGCACAAGAGGGUAACAUCCGAUUCUACGCAUUCUCCUCCACUUUCUAGUAUCCAAAAGAGAAGAAAAUUACCCCCACAACCAUUAAUGGACCAAACGAAUCACCCUUCGGAAGGUAGAGCUUCUCCAUUUUCUGCCUCAAGCGCCGGCUCACCUCCUCCUAAUCCACGCAAUCGUCGACUUACUUCCUGCGAUACCUAUCCAUUCUCUCCCGUGAAACAGACACAGAACAAAAAACUACGCGAUCAGAAUGGUCGAACGCGCCUUGCCCGAGCCUGUGCUGCGCAGGAAAUAGAAGCAGCGAAGUGUCGACAGGCCGAACGACCCGAAGAUCUCAAUGUUCCAGAUAAUGCAGGAAAUACGCCGCUACAAAUUGCUGCUCUUGAAGGAUGUGCUGAAAUCGUGAAAUUUUUAAUCGAGGCUGGUUGCGACAUCCACACCAAGAACAUUGAUCGUGAUACGCCCCUCAUUGACGCCGUGGAAAACGGACACCUGGAUGUCGUCAAGAUACUCCUAGAAGCCGGUGCAAAUCCCCGCGUGGGAAAUGCUAAGGGUGAUGAACCAUAUGAUCUUGUUCCGUCUGAUAACGAAAACCGACAUGAACUACGACGCGUUCUCGCAGAGGCGAAAUGCCGUGGUAACAGACGGCGGAAGUCAGAUGAUAUAAGUGGACAUGGGACCGCGUCAACGAAGGACCCUCGGUCAAGAGGAGCGUCGGCCGCGAGCUCCCCAGACUCCCCUCCUCACCAUCCCCAGAGCCCUCCACCACAAUUUAAUCGACGGAAAACUGUUAGGAGUGAGGCCACCCGGAACGAUUUACUAUGGACAAAGCCAACGUUUGAAAAUCUUCGACUUUUUGCUGCAAAGGGCGACAUGGCUGGAGUAGCAACAAUCCUCAAUAUUCUCCAGAAGGCGGACACGGAGUCCUUGAUUGCAGCAGCAAAAGGUGGCCAUGACGAAGUACUUGGACUUUUGCUUGGAAUGGGCAACCCGGAUCCUGACCCAGAACCUCUGAAUAAUGGAAAUCACAGAGCCGGCCAUGACACGCCCAUGUUGGCAGCAAUUGGAAGAGGUAACAUUGAUGUGAUAAAGCUUCUACUAGACCAGCCGGGCUUCAACCCUACUCGUACGGACCACAAGCAUCGUCGAUUUUUUGAGCUUGCAGAGGAUCGCAGAGGUGAUAACUGGGAGCUAGAGCGGGAUCUACUAAAAGAAGCGUACGACGAAUAUGUCAGCGCGCAUCCCAAGGCCCAGAGAGUCGAGUCUAGGUCUCCACGACGGUCUCGAGACGCACUCAAAGUCGCCAAAAGGCCGGAUCGUGACUCUGCAUCUCCAGCUUCCGUCGUUCGUAAGAGCUCGAGUAAGGGGAUAACGUCCCAUCGUCAAAGUGAGGAAGGUCCAAAGGAAUCGAAGCCACAAAAGGAAAGGAAGAGGGCAGAUGGUGCAGUUCCUAUGAAGGAAAGACUACCCGUGAACAAAGGAUCAAGCCGGGAAGACUCUCAUGGCCUAAUGGAUGAUAGGGAUACUGGACAUUCCGAUAGGAAACAGAAAAUGCCGUCCGAUUCCCGUAGUCCACGGGAACCUACUCCCCAUAAGCAGGGCGAAGAGCCAGUCAAGCGUCGACGUCUCAUUGCUGGACGACCGCCGCCAGAUCAUGCCAAACGAAGACCAAGUGUAAUGUCCUCGGACUCUUUUUCAGGCCGUGAAGACGCACCUAAAGCGGGUGUUACCGAGGAUUCAAAUGAUAAUGGUCACAGGUCAGAAAAACGCAGCUCCAUCUUGAAACGUGCCCGGAAUAGUGUCUCCCCAAAACCACCCAAACCUCGAAAUAAUGAGAACGAAGAGACUCGCGAGAAACAUGCAAAGAAACGACGGAUACUUUCGAGUGAGAUUUCAAGCCAGCCCCAGUCUACCGUUCACCGUGAUAAUAUUAAUUUGAAGGCCGAGAAUCCCAAGGCAGCCGAUCAUUCGGUGCACCAUAACGACAAGCAUCGUUCUGCUUCCCGUGAUCCUGCGGCCACGAAGCUCAAGCACAGAGCUUCUGACUCAGGGAUUAAGGCCGAAGCUCCAUCUGAAAGCAAUGCUGGUAUCAAGACCAAACAUGAAAGGCACACCGAGAAGGAGCAUGUUCCCACGGAAGCAGAGCUUGAAAGAGCGGCGGAAAAGGCCCAAGUAAAAGCACGAAAAGAGGCGGAAGCUGCCAAGAUAGCUGCUGAAAAAGCGGCUAUUAUUGAACGCGAGAAAGCUGAGCAAGAAGAAAGAAAGCUGGAAGAAGAACGGAAGCAACAGGAAGAAGAGCGGAAACAACAGGAGGAACGCAAGCGCAAGGAGAUAGAACAACAGCGAGCCCGUCAAGCGGAAGAGGAGCACCAGAGAAGAGUCGAACAAGAACGUCUCCGCCAGGCUCGUAUACGAAGAGAACAGGAAGAGCAAGAGCAGAGGCGGCGGGACGCACUCCCUCACCGUCUCCGCACUGCUGCAAACCUAGUUGGUGCCAAUGAUCCAAAGGCCAGAAGCCAUGAAUUCCUCAAGAAUGUCAUGCCUAUCUUGCAGGCCACACGGGAUGACCUUGAGCCACUAUGUGAACCUGAACUGAGGAAUGAGAAAUGGAUUCUGAACUUCUAUGUUGCUCUACUACUUGCGACCAACGAUCUCCAAUUGUCACAAUACCCUAGCUGGGAAAAGAAAACCGCAACUCCUACUCAGCGGAGCAAUAUUUGGGAUUGUAGCGGACCUAUGUUAUCGAAUCCUCAACAACUCAACCCUGUCAAAGCUGGGGUGAAUGACUAUUCUCGCAUCUACCAGGAAGCCAAACCAUUGUAUGAGAAGAUGGAGCAUGUCUUCUGGGUAAAGUGCUCCGAUUUUAUGGAUCUGGUACCUCAUAUUCCGCAUCUUCACGGCCUCAAUAUCACUUUUGUUAGCAUGCAUAUCGACCCGGAACCUUCUUCGUCACUCCAAGGUAAACCGCACAUUAUCAACGGAGAUCACGCUUCUCACCACCCCAUAGUCAAUGGAACUUCCGAGCCUAAUGGCAUACACAGCUCCUAG